GCCCCUCAGUUCCCAUUCGUCUGCUGGCUGUUAUCGUCCCGACGGCGCCGUCCGCCCAAAAAGCAGAAACCAGCGCAACGAUGACGAAGCUGCAGCAAAUCAUGGAAGAUCUCUUUGCUGUCUUUCGCGAAUACGCGAAGAGGGACGGAGAAGACGAGACACUGACCAAACCAGAGGCAAAGGAUCUUCUGAAGAAUCAGCUGCCUGGCCUGAUCGAGAAUCCCGGUUACGACGACGAGGUCCGAGAGUUGGUGGGCGGUCUGGAUGUGGAUGACGGCCUGGAGUUCGGCUUCCGGACGUUCAUGAAGUUGGUUUCCAGUGUCGCCUCGGACCGCUACGAAGCCCAAAGUCUCGCUCGGUGCGGCUGAAUAGAGCAGUCUGUGUACCUACAUGGUCUUCUAAUGUCAAACAACUGUAUCCACUGAAAACAGGUUUGCUUUUGUUUUUGUCAAGUCCAUACUUUAUAUUCAUCAGAAAUACAAUAAAGAUAUUUGACAAAGUA